CAAGGAAACAAAGCACAUUUAAUGUUGUAGGAGGGUAAAUGACAGAGCGCUUCUGAAGUUGCUCCAAGAGUAUUGUCUCAGUGCGGCAAAAAGGUUUACACUUUGCACAGACGAAGCAGCAGGGAAUAAGAAAAUGUCUUCUCCUGAGCCUGUUAUCAGAUCGAGACGAACAGAAAAAGAAGUUAAUGGAGUUUCAACACAGGUCGUCUGCACUGAGUUCAGCAAUUAUAUAUUCAUAGUUGUCACUCAGUAUGGCAAAAUUGGGACAUUGGUAUCGGUCACACCUGACUCCAGAUCUAAUGAUAUCAGCACCCCAUCGUUCUCUACCAAAGUACUGCUGGGCAAAGAUGAGCCACUGACACAUGUCUGUGCCAAAAACCUGGCAACAUUUGUGUCACAAGCAGCCGGUAACAGGCCUGUUUUACUGGGACUGGCACUGAAGGACUCCUCCUUAGAUGCAAUAAAACAAAUGAAAGAAGUCAUCAAAACUUGUCAAGUCUGGUAGGACAUGAAGAAAAGGGACUUAAAGCCUGACGACUUGGUGACACAGACGUUCUGGAUACCUCCAGUGUCACACGUAUAUCUGUGGUUUUAAAAGAACAUAAUUAGCUUCUGUAUUAGUCACAGCUACCCCAGAGGCUGCCCAUUCAAAUGGAAAUGAUAACUAAGUUUCUCAAUUAUAAAGAAGACAAAGGAAGAAAUAGAAAAGUAAUGUUGAAGUGGCAAAUGUCCUUUCAGUUAGUCUUUAUUAACUCUUCACUAAAUUAUCCUCUAUAAAUAUUAAAAGAAGUCUGAUAAACCAAGACAGAGGAGAUGACUCAAAGUUCAAUUUAUUGCUUUAUUUUUAUUGAGCAGGAAUGUCUAGAAAAAAAUCUUGCAGUAAAAAAUAAUAAUUUUCUGAAUGUCACUGCUUACGAUGAAAAUCUGUACUGAGUAAGUUUAGAGUUCUAAAGCUUCAUCACGGUUCAAAAUACUUGUACAAUUGUCUGCUUUUGUUUUAUAGUUUGUAAUACUUAAUACUGUCUAUUUUUCUAUUUUGUAAUGAGAUAUUUGUUUUUUUCAUGAAGAGAAUGAGAGCAGUAAUAAAAAGUGUUGCUUCUAAAACGUU